AUGCCGGGUCCCGCCUCCUGCGCCGGGACAGCCACGACAACGACGGAAGCGUCACUGGCCGGUUCUGACACCUCGUUGGACGAAGAGGACGUCGGUACGAUCAUGGACAGCGAGAGUCCCAGCUUCUGCAUCGACCCUGUCCAGCGGCGCAGACUUUCGAACUCAAAACUAUCGAGCAGAAUGGUUUUAGCCUCUAGGAUAAAGUGGCAGAUCAUCCUACUGGACCUCGAGCGCCAAAGCAGUCCCGCUUACUUCUGUUGUGCGAUGCAGCGGACGAUCAGAUCAACGAAGAUACCUGACGGCAGAGAGAUCGUCCCUCCUCCAUCGGGCGACGAAGACCCCUCCUGCCAAGGUGCCCAUCUGCAAGGGGUUCGACAAGAGGUCGAUGCCAUGCAGGUGCUGCACGAGCUGCAGGUGCAAUGGAUCCGCGUCGUGGCGGCCGACCGCGACGACCGCGAGUGGAAGACCAUAAUUGACCUGCGCUACGCCGCCAAGCAGAAGAGCAUGCAGCAGGACGCCGACCACACCGACUACUGGUCCUCCUCCGACGGCAACAAGGCCGGCGGCCACGACCAGCAGGCCGUGCCCAACGAGAGCGACCUCCGCUGCAUCAACCAGGCCUUCGUCGACAAUGUCAAGAAGGCCAGAAACCACCUGCGAUCGCUGCCCUGGCGCCUCGAGGGCUCCAUCGACGAUGAAGACGAGGAGGUUGCGGUGUCGAGCGUGUCAAUGAAGGGCACGGCUCUGUCAACUGGGGAUGGACGGUCCAUGUCAGCCAAGUUGGCAAUGACGUCCGUGGUUUCUCCGAUCCGGGCUCUGACCUUCAACUCUCUACCAAGCUCGAGAAGUUGA